AUGAAUAUCAAAGAUUUACUUAACAAUGCCUCUGAGACCAGAACAAGUGGUUAUAUGCUUGAUGAUUCGUUUUUUGUUAAAUGCUCAAAUCGGAUUGAAGACUGUAUUAUUGCCCAAGCCUGUGAAAAAUCCAACAACAGGAACAAGGUUGCUACUACUGCCCCUAUGGACUUUGACAAGUUCUUGGCUGCAGGCAAUAGCAAUCACAAUGAAGCAGAGAGUAUGGACACCAAUGAUGUUCAAGUCAAGUCUGUUAAGGAAAUCAAUGAAAACAUCGACUAUAUAUCUGACAAUGACUAUGGAUAUUUGCGUGUCCGUAACCCUUACAGAGUGUACAAUGCUCCAGUAGACCAUGUCACUGAUUAUGAACAUUUUGUUCCCACACACGUGUCCAACAGUCGUGCACAGGCUGUCAGUCUGGAAUUGUUUUCCAUGUUUUUUGAGAACAACAUCUCUCAUGAAGACUAUGAUAAAUGCAUAAAAAUUGUCAACAAGUACAUGGCAGAACUUAGAUUCACUAAAGUGGAUUCACUUCUGUCAUACUACAGGGUAAAUACCUUGUUGAAGGAGAAGUACCCAGUGAAGUCCAUUGCAUACGAUAUGUGCAUAAAUGGAUGCUGCUGGUUCUCAACAGUAGAAGAAGGAGACUUCAUUGACAAGGAUGAGACAUGUCCUCAUUGCGGUGAGGACAGAUACAAAGUGGAGAGAGUGAGUGUAAAGCCUGCACAGACCUUUCAGAUCGUGCCUCUCUUAGAGCAACUGUGGUUCAAACUCGCCCACCCUGAGGAAUGGGCCAAGAUGACCUAUGGUACAAGGUGUUUGGCUGGCAGAUGUGAAGAUAUAUGUGAAGACAUCUUCGAUGGAGACGUAGUUGGACGGUUACUUGAUUGUGGAGUGGUGUCCAUGUUUGUUGACCAGUUCAACCCAUUUAAAAAUGCCAAAAUGUCAUCCUCUGUUAUUUAUGUUAUUAAUCUGAAUAUCUAUCCUAAAGAAAGAUACAAGACAGGUAACAUGAUGCAGUUGGCUAUCAUACCAGGACCUAACCAUCCAAAAGAUAUUGCUUCGUUUUUGGAGCUAGUUCUUGAUGACCUGAGAAACUUGGGGGCAAAUGACCUGCAGUUUCAGACUGAUUCUGGACUGGUGAUUGCCAAGGUUCAUCUUGUCAUGGCGACUGAAAAUACUUCAGCCGUCUCUGACUUGAUGAACCUGGCACAUCACAAUGCCCAUCACGGAUAA